GGCGCCAUGGAGCGAAAUUCAGGCGUCAAUUUCGGGUUCUCUGAGUAUCACCCCUGGUCAUCGGUUACGGACGAGCCCAAUGCAACAAACGCACGUCCAUCGCCUUCAGACAGUGAGCAGAUGUCUUUCAGUGGCUUUGACAUUGCCCAGGAAAGCCCUGACAUGUUUGGCAUGGUCUCCAAUUUAGUAAAUGACUACGAAGAACCAUCGCUUGAUACCUCCACAAGCAGAAUUACACCAACCUAUGAUUUAACUAUGCUUUGGAAUGCCUUAAAUAUCAGAGACGCUGUGGAUCCUUUAGGAAGGAAAGUUUGCGACAACUUAAUGACUCCAGAAAAGACAAGUGAGAAGAAGUUGAAUAAUUUAGGUGUAAGAUUCCAGUCGAAUUUUCCCUUAUCUUUAAGGAAUGAAGGCAUUAUUUUUACAAAUCAAAUUAUGGAGCCAUCACGUGACAGUUCAUUAUUUCAAUCACGGAUAGUGGAAUCUCCCGUGAAUAAUUUCCAUGCAAACAAUGGCAAGUUUGACACGUACUCGCAUUCCACAAAUAACAGUGGGAGUUGGGAACAAAGAUUGGACACUAAUGACAUAAAUUAUUCCAGAGUUCAUGCGGCCAUGGGUUUAAGACCUCAAACAAAGUUUGAGAAAAACAUAAAGUCAUCUUUCAGCUGUGUAGAAAACGAUACAUCACUGAGCAGCUAUCGUAUACCAAACACAGUAAACUCUCCUAUUGGAACCCGUGUAUCAGACACACUACCAAUCUCUAACAGCAGUCAUAACCUUGAACUUAAAAAGGAACAUCAACAACAAUUAUUGGACCUCGAAAGCCGUACAUUGCUUGGGGAACAAAUUCCAUUUGUUGCCACGAAUGGUUUAUUUUAUGGACAUUGUACAAAUGGACCAGCCUUGGAAAAUGUGAUGAAUGAACCAAACAUUGAUUGGUCAAAUAAAAGAGAUGAACACUCAUCCCCCUUUAUCAGAAGUCAGCAUCAUGAUUUGGGUGGCAUUAAAAGAAAACUGAAUGCGUCACCUGAGUAUUUUCAAACAAGCAAUUGGAAUCGGAAUUCUUAUACUUCUGAACCAAACAGUCAACAAAUCCCUCAUUAUCAAAGUGACACUUCAAACUUGCAAGACUUCAAUAGUCAACCAACUUCGUCUUCGUACCUGUAUUCUUCGCUUGAGUUAAAACAGAGGAAUUCAAGUCAAUAUGUAUCAUGUACUUCUGAACCAAACAGUCAACAAAUCCCUCAUCACAGUGACACUUCGAACUUGCAAGACUUCAAUAGUCAACCAACUUCAUCAUCGUACCUGCAUCCUUCGCUUGAGUUAAAACAGAGGAAUUCUAGUGAAAAUAUAUCUCCAAUCAGGAGGAAUUCUCUACCACUUGGUUCAUUCCUUCCUGAACAAAAUCCUUUUUGUCAACAUGACACAUAUGAAAAAAUUAGAGCUAAACAGGCUCAUUCUCUUCAAGUACAAAAUGCUUGUUGGAUGCUGCAACAAAGUUUUGAUAGACCAAGCAAUGAGCUGUGCAUCAGCAUAGAAAAGUGUUUGAUGAACGCAAAAGCUCUGACAAGCGAAAUGAAUAUGGUUGAAACCAAGUUAUUGAAAAACUACUCGGGUUUGUAUGUUUCCAGUGUUGAAAGCAGCAGUCCUGUGCAUUGGCUGGAUGCCAAUCAUACACACAUCAAUAAUCUGAUUUUUUAUCAACUGAAAGAGAAUUUGAGAUUGAAAAUCCUUUUUGGGAAGAUGGAGAGCUUGUGUGGUGUAUCGGUGCCGGACAGCAUCAUGCUAGAUCUUGCCAAUCACUUGAAGGCUGUUCGCUUGGUCAAGCUUUGGCGGCAGGAGGCCAGCGACAUAUGUGGUGAAGGUGGGCAGACUCUGGUUGGAUCCGUGAUGCAGUUGUUCAUGUCUAUAAGGAAAUUACGCACAUCCCUGUGGUGUGUUUUGCAGUUCACUCUGCUCUAAGUGUCACUUAUAAUUGCAUACUUGUGAGGAAGGGAUUAUGGAAAUGCUACCCAACCUUACCUUAUUGUGACACCUUGCAUCAAAAAACCACACGUGCCUCGUAUAUAAACAUACUCCAACUGACCAUCAAACAUUCAUCACAAUAUGAAUUGUGUUUAAAUGUAAAGGCUUACCUGACGUUCCCUAUCCCAAUGACACCCUUCCAUUGUAUUAUUUUGAAAUCAGGUUGUGGGCCGCAUCAUGUGUGGGGCUGUUCUUGGACUAAAGGACAAGCAUGUCC